AUGCCGUGCGGCGACAACUGCGGGUGCAACGACCACGCGACGACGGACCCGCGGUUCCCGGGGUGGACGUACUGGGGGUGCACGCGGUGCUGGGAGCGGCGGGCGCGCCGCACCCGGCCGCGGCGCGCGGCCGCGGGCUGGCUCGCAGCGGAGCAGGCCGCUGCCGCCGCCACUGCCGGCGUCGAGGCUGACGAGGCCGCGCUGUACUAUCGCCAGCGCGACGACGACGACGACGACGACGACGACGAGCGCUACUACCCCUGCUGCGAGGAGCACAUGGCGCUGCACUUCGGCCCGGACUUCGACCACUGCCCGCCGCGCUUCUACCACCGCCUGCUCGACCGCCGCCUGCUGCCCGACCGCGGCGCGCGCCUGCUCGCGUGCCGCGCCCUGAAGCCGGAGCUGGCCGCCGCGCUGGCCGUGCUGGCCGGGGAGCCGGUCGCGGCUGCGGCCGGCGGGCCCGCCGAGCGCCUUAGCGUCGCCGCCCCCGCCGCCCCCGCCGCCGUGGCCCUGCCCCUGCGCGGCCGCCCCGCCCCGCCGCCCGAGUCGGCCUCGCGCGCGCCGACGCCGCGGGCCUCGCAGCCGGCGGCCCGCGCCCAGACGCCGCGGCCACCGCGAGCGGACGCGGACCCGGACUCGGGCUCGAGCUCGUGGACGCCGACGCCGACCCCGCGCACGUCUGCGUCCUCUGAGCCCUCCACGCCGCCCAACCGCGUCCUGCGCCCAGAGCCCCUGCGGGCCCGCCCAGGGGGCACUCCCCGGAGGGAGUCCGCGUCCGGCUCCCUACCCGACCAGCUGCUGAUAGAGUCCCCGAUGUCCGGGAUCGACACCGACGACGAGUCCCACGCCCACCUCCGCAACCCCUCCACGCCCUGUUUCAUCGCUCCGCCCCGCCGCAGGCGCCGCGCCCGCGACUCGGCCCCCAACCAGGAGGCCCGCCGCUCCCGCCGCCACUGAGCAAGGCCGGGGCGGGACCCAGAGGGCGGAGGAACCCGGGUCGGCCGCUGCUGGCUAUCGAGGGAGUUCGCGACGCUGCGCAGAGGAGGGGGCCGAGGUGGUGCAGAGCCUAGACGAUGGGAAACGUCUCCCUCAUUCGGCCAGUUGACGCGGGGGAGUACCUGAGGUGAGGCUGGGUUAAUGUAAUAUCUCCAUUGCGAGUAAUAAUAAAUCAUGAUUUCGCCAUAUCUGUAAAACCUAGCUGGACAAGCUAGCGGUGCACAUGCUGAUCGUCCGGAACCUCAACACGUGUAUGUCAACUUUAGUGGCCUGGAUUAGACUUCUAUUAACGACGAAACCCAACUGAACGCGGCAUUGAUAUUUUA